UGAUUAGAUUAAUAUUUUGCGUUAAAGUUUGAAACAUAUUUGGUUUGACAAUCGUCCACCGUCUUUCCCUUGAGCCUUUUCCUCUGUUCUCCAAUGGCGUACGAUUUCAGAAACAACUCCGGCCACUACGAUUCUCAUCAGCCGAUGUACACCUCAACCGCUUCUUCUUCCCCAUCUCCUUCUCCCCAUCCCAUGUAUUCACAUUCAAUGUACCCCAGAAUCGGUCAACAAGCUCCUUCAUCAACCCCUCCGGUGGCCCGUCUCUCAUCCCAUCAUUAUUCUUCUUCUCCAUCCCCAUCACCUUCUUCUUCGUCAGGAUUGGGCAUCAGGGUUACUAUUAAACCGGAAUAUCGAAUUACUCCUCCGCCUCAAUUAUCUCCACAAGUUGGAGAUAUUCCUCGGAGCAAUUUCCAAUUUGAUUUUGAGUUUGAGAAAAAGGUUUUAGCUGAAGCAGAGAAAGAAGCUCCAAAUUGGAAUCGGUUUGGGUUGGAACAUCCUCCUCCUAAACCAGUGGAGUCCACAUCUUCAAUGGGUUCAAUUGGAGAUCCAGUUGUGAGCAAGUAUGUUGCAUCUGGCUUGAAUCGGGAAGCUGUUUCAUUUGCAGUUGCUAACUAUGGAGACAAUCCAACCAAGGUUCAAGAAUUUGUAAAAGGCUACACACUCCUACGAGAAAUGGGAUUUUCUUCUAUCAAGGUGGUUGAGGCAUUACUCAUGUAUGACAAUGACACCGAUAAGGCUGUAGCUCAUUUUCUUGGUGGUACGUCUUAAUUGAAAAUUAUGAAAAUGAUUGUGUCAAGAGUUCUGUUGUACUUCAACUAUGACAUCUUUGUAUAUGUAAUAUGACUAUAUAGAGGCCUCUUGGGAUUGUAAAUGUUAUAAAUAAUAUAGGCAUAGGCAUUUGUUGUGUAUUGUAGUCGUUUACCUAUUGGUGUUUGGCCAACACUUGCAGAUCCUCUUAAUGACAGCUGAUGAUGAUUACAUCUUAUAUUUUUCAUGUCUUUGGAUU